AUGCAGAACCUAAAGCUAGAGAGGGAAACAAUAAAAGGAUCCCUGAAAAAAGUUUUUAAAGAAAUUGAAGAGGUGAAUCCCAGUGACGAGAAGACAAUACAAAGACUCCUGCAACAAGUUGAUGAUAAAGCAGAGCGAGUAUUUCUUCUAGACAACAGCAUAAAAGACAUUCUAUUCGCAGAAGAAACCAGCACGGAAGAAAUUAGCAAGGAAUUAAAUGAUGAAGAAAACUUUCGUGACGAGGUAGGAAAAUUUAGAAUAGAAUGUGAAUAUUUGAUCAAAAAUUUAAAAACUUUGAAAGAUCAAGAAAAUAAAGGUACAAGAAAUGAAAAACCUGUCAAAAAUUUUCAUAUGCCGAAAAUUGAAAUAAAGAAAUUUGAUGGAAAUGUCAAAAAUUGGAUAAAUUUUUGGGGCCAGUUUAGAAAAAUCGAUGAAGACGCAGACCUUCCAAACGAAGACAAGUUCCAAUACCUGAUCCAAUCAACAGAAGAUAGCACGCCAGCCAGAAGCCUUGUCGAAAGCUUCCCACCUUCCGCUGAAAAUUAUAAAAUAGCCAUUGAUCAACUGAAAAAUAGAUUCGCAAGGGACGAAAUUUUAAUUGAGGUAUACGUUAGGGAGUUAUUAAAUUUAAUUCUAAAUCAACAAACCUCAAAGGAGGACCCAGGUAUGGCUUUAUCUAUUUUGUAUGAUAGGUUGGAGACUCAGCUUAGGGCUUUGGGAACACUAGGUGUUACUAGCGACAAGUAUGCAGCGAUGCUUUUGCCACUUGUUGAAUCCGCGCUACCUUAUGAGUUGCUUAAAAUUUUAGAGAGAAAUAGAGCUUCUACUAAUUUAAAAUUUAAUAAUGAGUUGCAGGGUCUACUAGAGUUCCUGAAAACAGAAGUGGAGGCCGAAGAGCGUAUAAAACUUGCUCAGUCUAGUUUCUCAGUUCCAAAAAGUAUUGACGAUAAGUAUACUGUAGAAACCUUACAUACAGAGAGUUUAAAAAGCAAGGGUAAGCAAAAGUUUUCUUGUAUUUUUUGCGAAAGCAAUACACAUGCCAGUCAGGACUGCAUUAAAGCUCAGAAAAUGACUUUAGAGCAGAAAAAGGCGAUUAUAAGCAAAAAACGGGGUUGUUUUUCAUGUUUAAAACAGUUUCAUAAUUUUUGGACAUGCAAAACAACUGUCAAAUGUAUAAAAUGCGCUCGCAGGCAUUUUACACUAAUGUGUCCUGAUUUGCAUGAAAAAGAAAAGAAAAAUAGAGAUUUGCAAAAAUCAGAAUCUUUAGAAAAUACAUUAACAACUGUCGCUUCUGAAACUUUACUGCAAACGAUCAAUGUUAGGGUUAUUUCUGAUAAUAAAAGGUCAAUGACAGUAAGGGCACUGCUAGAUUCGGGUUCGCAACGUUCCUAUAUAACUACAAAAUGCGCGGAAGAUUUAGGGUUAACUAAAAUUGGACAAGAAAAUAUAGUUCAAGGUGUUUUUGGUGGGUUGCAGGGAGCUCCAAAGAUUCAUCGUUUGUUUAAGGCAGGUAUAGAAAAUUUAGAAAAUUCAUUCAGCAUCGGGUUAUCUUUACUGGAACAAUCUAAAAUUUGCAAUUACGUUCCAAAACUAAUUGACCAAAAGGUCCUAGAUUUAUUAAAAGAUAAAAAUAUUUAUAUAAAUGAUUCUGCUUCUAAAGAAUUAGAGGUUAAUUUAUUAAUAGGGGCAGACAUGUUUGGUCACAUCAUAACGGGAAACUUGGUAAACAUAAAUGAUUCUUUAGUAGCUUUGGAAACCAAGUUUGGUUGGACAGUUAUGGGGACACAAAAAAGUAAUAAUAAAAUAAACACGUUUGUUUCAACUUAUUUUACUGACUCAUUGAGUACUUUAUGGAGUUUAGAUGUUCUGGGUAUAAAAGAUCCAGCAGAGACGAAAUGUCGAGAAGAGUUAGACAUUCGCACGUUAGAAAAAUUUAAAGAAAGCACUGUGGUAAAUAGUGAAAAUAGAUAUGAAGUUUGUUUACCAUGGGCAGAAGGUUAUCCGGCUAUAACCUCUAAUUUUAAUUUAGCUGAAAAGCGACUUUUUUCUACCACAAAACGGUUAGUUUCUCUGAACAAGCUUACAGAGUAUGACAAUAUAUUUCAAGAUUGGGAAAAUACAGGAAUCAUUGAAGAAGUAGAAGAAGAGCCGUUGGAAAAGAAUACGCACUACUUGGCACAUCACGCAGUUGUCAAAGAGUCCAGUUUAACUACGAAGAUCCGACCAGUGUUUGAUGCAUCAGCUAAAGAUGGUAACGGUAAUUCUCUUAAUGAUUUACUGGAAAAGGGUCCAAAUCUAAUUGAGCUAAUAAUACCUUUAAUUUUAAAGUUCAGGUUACAUAAAAUUGGGGCAACGUCAGACAUAGCGAAGGCAUUUUUAUAG